CAUUGACUUUAAUCUGUUGCCAGAAGGUUUGCAGUGUAUGUUCCCAUUUAACAAGGUUUGCUGGUCAAAACUGUGCACCCUCAUCUUUCAAGAGAACUGAGCGUCCAGCAAAACUGAACACCCAGUCUUCCCACACAGUCCUUCCACAAAUACAGUAGACUUCUGACAAUGACUGCCCUAAUGAGGUUCAGAAGGGAACCUAUUAUCCCAAGACAUUCCACUAAUACUAGAACCCUGGACGGAAGUCUUUGUCUCCUGGAAAUGAAGCCAAACUUUAUUCUUUAUUCAGCUGUGGUGACUGUGGUCCUCGUCUUCAUGAGCCAAGUUCUACCAGUCAGAAGCAACUUGAGGGAAAUCUGUGAGCGCCCAGAUGGCUCUUGCCGGAGGUUCUGCAUCAAAACAGAAACCCACAUUGGAAGAUGCUUGAAUAACAGACGUUGCUGCCUGCCACUGGGGAAACAACCGAGAAUUGAGAGUGCAUCCAAGACCUGAAGUCUGUUGGUCUGCUGUUUUCAUAAAUUUUCAUUCUCAUAUUCUCU